AGGAUGGAGCCCGGCGCCCAUUGGACAGACUAUAAAGGCAGAAACCUACCCCUGAGACUGGGGGCGCGGCGGGGCUGCGGCGGGGGGUGUACGCCGCGGCCCCCAGCGCCUUGCUCCCGGAGACACCUCGGCCCUGCGGCGCCGGCGUGACCGAGGUCCAGCUUCGGGGACACGCCCGUCAGGCCUCGGUGAAAACGAUCAGGUGAGCCUGACCGAGGCGGACGUGACUCCUGGAACCACCGCCUCCGGCGCGUCCCGGCGGGUGCCGCGACGUCCACCUGCCCCAGCAGCCGGAAACCGGCGGGAGGGGGCGGCUCCCGCUCCCCUGCGCGGGGAGCUGACCAUGGCGCUGGCCGCCGCCGCGGCUGCUGCGGCCGCCGGGGUGAGCCAGGCGGCCGUACUGGGCUUCCUGCAGGAGCACGGCGGAAAGGUGCGCAACUCGGAGCUGGUGAGCCGCUUCAAGCCGCUGCUGGAUGCGGGCGACCCGCGCGGCCGCGCUGCCCGCAGGGACCGCUUCAAGCAGUUCGUCAAUGACGUGGCCGUGGUGAAGGAGUUCGACGGCGUCAAGUUCGUGGUGCUGAGGAAGAAGCCGCGGGCCCGGGAGGAUCCAGAGCCCCUGCCCUCUUGCGUGCCGCCCAGCACCCCCGGGGCACCAGCCCCGCCGUCGAACAUCACUUCUGUCUCACAAGGGGAAACCGCUGCCUCGGGGGUUCCAUCCUCGGCCUCGGCGCAGCGGUGGGUGGAACCACUUGACGACCUGGCCCCGCCAUCAGAGCCACAGGACACCCCCGGGGCUCCGGCCUCGGAGCCCAAUCAGCCAACUGGGGAGCUGUUGUUAGGCCCGGUCCAGGUGUCAGAGGGGCCCUCCGACCCCGGGAUUCCAGCCAUUGAGCUAGACCAGCCCUCCGACGGACUCUCUGCAGACGUCGCCCCGCCGUCUAGCGCACCAUCAGAGGCGGCCUUACCCCACGCCGAAGCGCCAGACCUGGAACCUGGGCCUGGGGCAACGAAAGGGCCGCCACCGCGCGCGCCGCCGCAGAAGCCCUGCAUGCUGCCGGUGCGCUGCGUCCCGGGCCCCGCUGCGCUCCGGGUCCGGGCGGAGGAGCAGGGCCUGCGCCGGCAGCUGUCGGAGGAGCCGAGCCCGCGGAGCUCCCCACUGCUGCUACGGCGGCUCUCGGUAGAGGAGACCGGCCUGGGCCUCAGCCUGGGCCCGGGUCGCUCCCCGCACCUGAGGCGCCUGUCGCGCGCCGGCCCACGCCUGCUGAGCCCGGACACUGAGGAGGUGCCCGCCGCGCCGCCGCCGUCCGCCGUGCCCCUGGAGCCGGCCGAGCACGAGUGGCUAGUGCGGGCGGCCGGUGGCCGCUGGACCCACCAGCUGCACGGACUGCUGCUGCGGGACAGCGGCCUGGCGGCCAAGCGCGACUUCAUGUCUGGCUUCACGGCCCUGCAUUGGGCCGCCAAGAGUGGCGACCGCGAGAUGGCGCUGCAGCUGGUGGAGGUCGCGCGGCGUGGGGGCGCGCCCGUCGACGUGAACGCGCGCUCGCAUGGCGGGUACACGCCGCUGCACCUGGCCGCUCUGCACGGCCACGAGGAUGCCGCCGUGCUGCUGGUGGUGCGCCUGGGUGCGCAGGUGCACGUGCGUGACCACAGCGGGCGGCGCGCCUACCAGUACCUGCGGCCCGGCGCCUCAUAUGCGCUGCGCCGUCUACUCGGCGACCCCGGCCUGCGAGGCUCUACUGAGCCCGAUGCGACCGGCGGUGGUAGUGGCAGUCUGGCGGCUCGGCGCCCAGUGCAGGUGGCCGCCAGCAUCCUCAGUUCUACCACCAGCACGUUUCUGGGCGUCCUGGCCGACGACCUGAUGCUCCAGGACGUGGCUCGCAGCUUGAGGAAGUCAGGCUCCAUCAGCAAGUUCUUGGGUGCCUCGCCCAUGGCUCCUCGUAAAAAGACAAAGACCCGCGGUGGCUUGCCGGCCUUUUCAGAAAUCUCUCGUUGACCCACUCCGGGGCCCUUCGCUGGUCUAGCGCCCAGCCUGCCCUCGACAACCUGACGGUCCCUGAGGCUACAGCGUGGUUGAUCUAACCGGGCCUGCCCAUCACAGUCUAAGCCUGCCCAAGAUGGCGGCCCAACACCUGGCGGCUCCAUCCUAUUUCCAGCUUUGUCCACUGCAGCUUGUUUUACCCAGGUGGGCCUCCGCCUCCAGCUUCUGUCCGAAGCUUGACCCAUCUCCAGAGACGGGAUUCAAGAUCCCAGUGAGAGCCUCAUAUGAAGAACUCCAGAAGUCAGGCUUGAACUUUGGAGGAAACUUGAAAUUUAAGAUCACAGAUUAAGGGGCAGCAGCUGGUCUGGCCCCUGAGUGAGUUAAUCCAAUGCUUCUGCAUCUAUACACUCCCAAGCCAGAACUAGAGCAAGGGUCUCUUUAAAUGUUGUGUGAUGUUGGGUUGUUUGUCAGGUUUAAGAUAUGUAGUGAUUUUGUAACUUGAUGCUUUUAUCCUGUUUUUAAAUUGAAAUGAGGUAAAACAACUUUCAUAAUAACCUUUUGAAAUUAUAUUUUUCCAUUUUUAGGCAAAACGCUCAGACAUUUUCAAUCUUUUGCUAAAUAUUUUGGAAUUCUAUUUUAAAAAAAAAAUAGAUGAUCAAGAUCUAAAGGAAAUUAGUCCCAACCAACAAAACCCUUAAACAUUUAUCUACCUCAUUUUAGGCAAUCAAGAUUCUAGAGUCUUGAACACAGAAUAAUCAUUGUGACCAUUGUGAAUGUAAUUAAUUCAGUUGUACUGUGAAAGCUAAAUAAUAUUAGGAAACAAGUGCAACUUGCGAGUAUAGGUGAUUUAACAGGAGAAAAGAGACAUCUUGGCAAAUACUUUUAAUUUGUGGUUGUCUUUAUGGUGAAAUAUAAACAUGUCUUUGGCACUGACCGUGGCUAUUUUAAUUUUGCAUGAAUAUUUAAUUAUUUUAAGUGUGAUUUAUUUGUGAAUUGCACCACUGUGCCAUGUUUCUGAACCAGUGGUUUUCAAUCCAGCUGAGCCUUUCGGUGCAGUAAGUGAAUAUUUAAAGAAAAAAAAAAGUCAAAGCAUUACACCAGAAAAAUAACUGGUAAAUAGUAAUGGAUGCAAUUAAGAAGCAACUAUAUUAUGUGAAAUAUUAUAUGAAAGUUCUCUACAAACAAAAAGUACGUGAUAUCCAUUUUUGAAAGCCAUCUGAAAGCAGACAACUUACACAAAAUAGCAAAUGCAGAAUCUCUUUGCUCAGUGAUCUUGGAGGACUGGCUUAACUUCUCUGGACCUUUGCUUCUGUCUGUAAUAGAGCAGGUUUGUAGAUAUUGCCAAGAUUUCCCAGGUUCAACACAGUGUAGUAAUUAUAAUGGCUCUUCUUCUGUUUUAAAGAUAUGGAAUCUUUGCUCAACCAACCCUUUUUUGUAUCAUAUUGUGAUAAUGCUCUGCUUUUGCAAAUUGUGUUUGCAUGUCAUUAGUUACAUCAAAUAGUUUUUGUGGC